AUGUCUGCUAAAACAAUCGAUUCUUCUGAAAAUACCAAAUUGAAAAAUAAACGAAAAAAAAAUCCCGCACUUAUUUACAAUUACCUUGAUACGCUUGAAGAUGGCACUCGUAUUUGUAAAGUUUGUGAAAAAAAUAAAAGUAAAUGGGGUUCACUUACUUCGUUAAUGCCAAUAACAUGCCAUUUUAAAAAAAAACAUCCAAAUACUUUUAAAGAAUUUGGAAAAUCUGCUGCAAAAUUUGUUCGCCCUUCUCC